UCCCUUUUACCGUGCAAACACUGACCUGAUAUUUCCUCUCUGCCCACUGUCCCCACCGCCGCUCCACUGCGAUGCCAGAGCUGCAACAUUAGCGAGCUAAUCUUCCCCCGUUUUCACAACCCAUCACCGGGAAGACCUGUCGCGUUUUUCCAUUCACUCUUCCCCCCCUUUUUUUCUCUUCUCGAAGCUCAAGCUUUUGUUUUUUUUUACGGACAUGCCGAACAUCGUGCUUUUUAGCGGGAGCUCUCACCACGACCUGUCCCAGAAAGUGGCUGAUCGACUGGGGCUGGAUCUGGGGAAGGUGAUCACGAAGAAAUUCAGCAACCAGGAGACAUGCGUGGAGAUCGGGGAGAGCGUGCGAGGCGAGGAUGUGUACAUCGUGCAGAGCGGCUGCGGCGAAAUUAACGACAACCUCAUGGAGCUUCUAAUCAUGAUAAACGCCUGCAAGAUCGCCUCCUCGUCCCGCGUCACCGCCGUCAUCCCCUGCUUCCCCUACGCACGGCAGGACAAAAAGGACAAGAGUCGAGCACCCAUAUCAGCCAAGCUGGUCGCCAACAUGUUAUCCGUGGCCGGCGCUGACCACAUCAUCACCAUGGACCUCCACGCGUCACAAAUCCAGGGCUUUUUUGACAUCGCUGUAGACAACCUUUACGCAGAGCCGGCUGUUCUGCAGUGGAUCAGAGAAAAUAUCCCAGAGUGGAAGAACUGCAUCAUCGUGUCUCCAGACGCCGGCGGAGCAAAGCGUGUGACGUCCAUCGCAGACCGCCUGAACGUGGACUUCGCCCUCAUCCACAAAGAGCGGAAGAAGGCCAACGAGGUGGACCGCAUGGUGCUGGUGGGCGACGUCAAGGACCGCGUGGCCAUCCUGGUGGACGACAUGGCCGACACCUGCGGCACCAUCUGCCACGCCGCCGACAAGCUGAUCGAUGCCGGUGCAGUAAAGGUCUACGCCAUCCUGACGCACGGCAUUUUCUCCGGUCCCGCAAUUUCUCGCAUCAACAGCGCCCCGUUCGAGGCCGUGGUGGUGACCAACACCAUCCCACAGGAGGAGAAGAUGAAGGCGUGCCCGAAAAUACAGGUCAUCGACAUCUCCAUGAUCCUGGCGGAGGCGAUCAGGAGAACCCACAACGGCGAGUCAGUGUCCUACCUCUUCAGCCACGUACCUUUGUAAAGAACGAGAGAGGGCGACCCCCCCCUGCCCUCUCUCCUCCUCCUCCACCUCCCCCCGUCAGGCCACCCGACUGGCAUUUUCUGCCAAAUAUCCACCACAAAAGGCUCCACAAAAAGGUGCCUGAUGGUUUCUGGCCAACCCCCCUCCCCCAUCCCCCCCAUGUGACCAUCUGAAGGUCACGCCAACACAUUGUUUUGACAUUUUCACCAGGAGACAGAGAAGAAACAUCACUUCAUCUCUGGAGACCAAGUUUGUAUUUAUGAGCAUCUGUUUAUCUUUUUUCCUCUUGUUUCAGUUCUGCCGGCCUUUACCACGUUCCGAGGCCAGCCUUCACUUUAACCAAAGGGUCCAUUAGCCUUCACAUCAUGUCUUCUUUGUACCUCACUAAUAAAGCAUUCCACGUUGUCAUGAUUAGAAAUAUUUUGGACCUUUUUCUGCUUCACAAUCUAAUAAAAAAAAGUGAAAAAUGUGCACCUUUCUCCCCGCUAGUGUUCGCUGCAGCAGCAGCUAAAAGUAUUAAAAUAAGGGAGGCUAACCUUAACGAGCUAAUGCUACAGUGAUUUUAAUGAAGCGCUGCCGUCAGGCUGCAGACACACACGUCAGAAUUAAUUUCAUCACAUGUUCUUCAGGGUCCUUUUUUUUUUUUUUUUUUUUUUUUAAAGUGAGCUUCACGAAUGUGCCGAUGUGUCUUUACCUCCCACGACAAGCUGCUGUCACCCUUCUUCAGUUCAAGUCUCCGAAACCCUCCGACAGGUCUGUUUUAACGCGUGUCUGAUAACAAGGUGCAAGUGGGCGCCCGAGCCCGCGUUCCAAAAGGUCAUGAAACAAACGAGCCCACAGCUCCAAUGAUUCUAGUGUUCACAAAUUAAAAAAAAAAAUGGUGUAAUUGUCAUCACAGCUGUAAACGGGUCACUUUAGCUCCAAUGAGGCAGGUUUCACUGUUUGCCUGUAGGUGGAUAAAAAAAAACAAAAAAAGAAAAAGAGUUGGUGGAAAAGAUGAUUUAAUUUUUUUUUUUAUAUGUAACACUUCGAGCUGUUUCUUUGACAAUAAAGCUUUGACAAUGGCUUAAAUACAAA